AUGAACCCUAUCAAGACGGAGACAGCCUCAGCGGAUGGCGUGUCGCCAGUGGCCGCCGGUAUCGUAGACGAAAAGAAUGGCGCGACACAAUCGACAGCUGGAAGCAACGAGGAGUCCACUCCGAAAGCCUACACCAGACCUGAAAGACAACCCAAUGUGAAGGACUACCUCCGCGUCUUCACAUAUGCUACGAAAUGGGACAUAUUUGCAUACUUCGCGGCCGGUCUCGCCUCCAUCGCUGCUGGUACCACCUUGCCGUUGAUGAACGUCGUUUUUGGUCAGCUUGUGGACCAGGUCAACGGAUUCGGUACUGGAAACGGUACAACGUCGGCAGACGAUUUCAGGAAGGUUGCAGACCGACAAGCACUCUACCUAUUUGCACUAUUCAUAGCCCGCUUCGCUCUCAACUACGUCAACAAAUUCGGCUUUCGAAUGAUCGGGAUUCGCCUUUCCUCCGCAAUCCGCCUGCACUACCUCCAACGCCUUUUUGGUCAGACCAUCCAUGUUCUUGAUUCGAUGCCGGCCGGCGCCGCGGCCGGCACCAUCACCUCGACCGCAAACACUCUCCAGAUUGGCAUUUCCGAAAAACUUGGCGUCUUCCUCGAGUUCAAUGGCACUAUAUGGACCGCCAUCAUAGUGGCAUUUAUAUAUAGUUGGUCUCUGACUCUCGUUACGGCAUCAGUUAUUCUCUUCAUCCUCCUGGUCUUGGCCGUGCUGCUCCCUUUCAUCAUCAAAGGCCACACUGAGAUGACCAAGGCGGAAGGCAAGGCCUCUGCUGUGGCCAGUGAGGCUUUUUCAAGCAUUCGAAUAAUCGCUGCCUGUGGUGCCGAAGACCGAAUCGCUGCUCGGUACGCUCGCUGGGUUGAGGUUGCCCGCCAGAAGGGCCAGUUCACAGCGCCCUUGAUAGCUCUUCAAUUCGGCCUUGUUUUCUUUGGGCUCUUCGGCACUUUCGGUUUGGCGUUUUGGUACGGCACGCACUCUUGGGUGGAUGGACGGAUCGGUGGUGUUGGAGAAGUCAUCAUUGUCCUCAUGUCAGUGAUGCUUGUCGUCAUGUCUCUUGAACGCAUCAGCACACCCCUUCUUGCUAUAAGCAAGGCAAUGGUAGCAGCAUGCGAGUUCUUCACUGUCAUUGACGCUCCCCAUCCGAAGACGGGCGAUUUGAAAGACCCUCAGGUUUCUGCCAACCAGAACCUCGAAUUCAAAGGCGUAACCUUCGCGUACCCCGGAAGACCGCACGUCAAGGUACUAGAUGAUCUUCAUCUAACUAUCGAGGCUGGCAAAGUCACGGCCAUCGUGGGGCCAUCAGGCUCUGGCAAGAGUACCAUUGUGGGUUUGAUCGAGCGGUGGUACACUCUACAGGACCAAUACGUCAUCGCCAAGACAGUCGAAAAGGACAAGACGAAGGAAGCCCAGAAGAAGAAUAAGAAAGGCAAGGAAGACUCGGAUGAUGAUGAAAAAAUCACGCCUGAGGAGACUGGCCCAGCUGUCGAGCUCAGAGGCUCUGUCACUACAUGUGGCCAUUCUCUUGACGAGAUCGACUUGAAGUGGUGGCGAUCUCAAAUUGGCUUGGUUCAGCAAGAACCUUUCUUAUUUAACGAUACCAUCUUCAAGAACGUCGCUUAUGGUCUUAUUGGAUCGCAAUGGGAGAAUGAGUCCGAGGAGAGGAAGAGAGAACUCGUCAAGGAAGCCUGUCAGGAGUCAUUUGCAGACGAAUUCAUUGACCGCCUGCCGGAUGGAUACGACACUAGAGUCGGUGACAGCGGUGCAAAGUUAUCCGGCGACGAGGCCACCAGCGCCAUCGACGUACGCGGCGAGAGAAUCGUGCAAGCUGCUCUCGACAAAGUCUCCAAGAACCGAACAACAAUCACUAUUGCCCACCGCUUAUCCACCAUCAAAAAGGCCGACCGAAUUGUUGUCCUAAAGAAGGGAAAGGUGGUCGAGCAGGGCACUCACGAAGGCCUUCUGGAAAACCACGAGGGCGUCUACUAUGGAUUAGUCCAUGCUCAGCAGCUUUCGCUUGGAGAUGACGUGGAUGACAGCGACGAAGAUAACAAGGAAGAGGAAUUGGGUACAGUUCUUAACCGAGAGAAGAGCGCCGCCAAGUCCGAAGUUGAUAGCACUCGCCAAAAGGCCGAGGUGAGGAACCGCAACCUGUUCCAGAGUUUUGGAAGAUUACUCUACGAGCAGCGGCAUCGUUGGAUUCUGUGCCUUUCAACAGUGGUGUUCGCAGCUUGCUGCGCGGCCGGUACCCCUUUGCAAGCUUGGUUAUUCGCCCAGGUCAUUGCGGUAUUCAACCCGGGAAAUACCCCAGACAAGAUCCGUAGUGACAGCAACUUUUGGUCUGCCAUCUGGGCGGCCCUGGCCGUUGGUAUCGGUAUCUCGUACUUCCUCAUGGGAUUGGCGGCGACGUAUCUGGCACAUUUUAUCUGCGCGACCUACAGGCAACAGUACUUUGAUGCCAUUCUCUUCCAGAAGACCGCAUUUUUCGACGAGGAAGAAAACGCCCAAGGCAGCCUGACCGCUAGGGUGGCCGGUGAUCCCAAACAGUUAGAAGAGCUGCUCGGUCUGAACAUGGCCAUGGUUUUCACAGCCAUCUUUACUAUCAUUGGUGCAAUUUCCGUUGCCUUUGCAUUUGGGUGGAAGCUAGCCUUGGUUGCUCUCUGCGUCACAAUGCCCAUCGGAAUUAUCUCUGGCUAUUUCCGUUUCAAGUAUGAGAUUCAGUUCGAGAAGAUGAACGCAGCAGUUUUCGCCGAAAGCUCCAAGUUCGCCGCAGAAUCCAUCGGAGCAUUCCGAACCGUCUCGGCACUGACCCUGGAGGACACGACAUGCGCGCGGUACAAUGAGCUGCUCAAGAACCACGUCACACAUGCUUUCAUGAAGGCAAGGUGGACCAGUUUGGUCUUUGGAUUCUCGGACUCGGUUUCCAUGGCCUGCCAGGCUCUCAUUUUCUGGUACGGUAGUCGGCUUCUGAUCUCUGGCGAAUACAGCACCCAAGCCUUCUUUGUCUGCUUCAUGGCCGUAAUCCAGGGUGCUGAGGCUGCAGGUCAGAGUCUUAGUUUCGGACCCAAUGCGGCCCAGGUCACAGCAGCCUCGAAUCGGAUUAUCAACAUGCGGGAAUCUAGAAACCAGGACCUCCUACCGGUCGUGGACACCAUUCCGGACACCGAGGGUGGUGUUCAGAUAGAGUUCCGCGACGUGCAUUUCCGAUACCCGACUCGUGAUGUCUCUGUUUUCAAGGGGCUCAACCUGGCGAUCGAAAAGGGCCAGUUUGCUGCCCUCGUUGGAGCAUCCGGCUGCGGCAAAACGAGCAUUAUUUCUCUCAUGGAGCGUUUCUAUGAUGUGCAAAAGGGCGCUAUUCUCUGCAACGGCAAGAACAUUAGCGACGUCAACAUCUACGAGUACCGGAAGCAGCUGUCGUUAGUAGCCCAGGAGCCUACCUUGUUCCAAGGCACAAUCAGGGACAACAUCCUCCUUGGAGUGGACGAAAAUAGCGUGACCGAUGAGCAGCUGCACCGGGUAUGUCGGGACGCUUCUAUUCACGACUUCGUCGCCUCGCUUCCAGAGGGGUAUAACACAGAUAUUGGCAGCAGAGGCGUCUCUCUAUCCGGUGGCCAGAAGCAACGUGUGGCAAUUGCGCGCGCGCUCAUCAGAGACCCACAUAUACUUCUGCUAGAUGAGGCCACAAGCUCCCUUGACUCGGAGUCCGAGAAGCUGGUUCAGGCCGCCUUUGAAAGAGCGGGAAAGGGCCGCACUAUGCUGGUUGUUGCGCACCGUCUCGCAACGGUGCAGAACGCAGACAUCAUCUUCGUCCUGGGGGAGGGCAAGCUGCUGGAGAAGGGCAACCAUGUAGAGUUGCUGAAGAAGAAGGGAGUAUAUUGGCACAUGUGUCACAGCCAGGCACUCGACAGAUGA